AUGUCCAACCCACGACCAGUACAAAAACAACGCAGACAAAGUGCCUCCAAAGCUGAAGGACUUGCUGCCCUUGACACCCCAGCUCAAUCCGUGCCGGUCCGCCCACCCGGGCUGACAUCCGACCCUAAGCCGGAUCGGAUACGCCAAUCCGUGGGUAACCAGAACCAGAACCCCAACCCCGACCCCAACCCCAAUUAG